AUGAUCGGAGGAGUGAUGGCACAGAGUGGAGGAGAGUUUAUUCAUCCACAUGGGCAUCAUCAUGAUCAUUACAAGGUUCUAAAUCAUAGUGUGGCUCUACUUUUUGAGGGAAGAGAAAAGGAAUCCUUCUUUUCCAUUCCAGAGGAAAGAACCAAGCUGAUUGCCAUGAUUAAACCAGAACUUGAAAUUCAUACUGAUGUUUAUGAUAUUUAUAUUAGGACAACUUUGUAUUCAUAUAUUGCUUUCACAAUAUCUUAUUUGGUGUUGAGAAUGAUUAUUGUUCCGAGCUUGUUAAAGUUGCUUGGAAAGAGUUAUGUUGAAUAUUUUCAAAAGAGUGUUACACCAUACGAAAAGGCACAUCACAGUCAAGUUGCCCUAAGCUUUGCUCAUGCCAUUAUUGCAACUGUUGGAUCAUAUUAUUGUACUAUUCAUAUUUAUGGAAUGGAUUUGUUGAAUUUUGCAUUGCAAAAUGCAUACAAUCAACCAUUCGAUUUGGAGAUUUUCAAAACUAGACAUUGGUUCUUGGCAAUUACAUUGGGAUACUUUAUUGCUGAUUUGACAUUUUACUUUUUCAAUCACUUUCAUCCAUUCUCUCCGAACGAUCAAAAUUCCCUUUCACAUGUUCUUGGUGUCAUGAUUAAGCAAGCAUUCAGUUUGGAUUUGCUUCAUCACUAUAUCAGUUGCUUGGCUUACGUUUACUUCUUCUCGAUCAAUGUUGGAAGCUUUUUGAUCAUUUCAUUCGAGAUUAAUGAAAUUAGUACACCAUUCUUACAUGUGAGAUAUUAUGCUAGACAGUGGGAACAAACCAGCAAAUGGUGGUAUCACUUGAAUCAAGCUUGCUUUGUAGUCACAUUCUUUGUUUCAAGAAUUCUUUACAAUGGCGUAUUGAUGUAUUUUGUGUUUUGGUCACAAUUCCACAGAUCUGUUCUCUUCCCAGUAUUACAAGUUGACAGCACUGCACUCAUUUCAUCCUUUGUUUUCCCAAUUCUUUAUUAUGGAGUUCAAUGUUUGUGGUGGAUUGCCAUCUCUAAAAUUAUUAUUGGAAAGAUUACUGGAGCCAAGCAAAAGGAAGAAUAA